AUGCGCACCUUAGUACCUCAGGACCUCAAGGUAUCCCAAAACGGUGGACGUCGGUAUGGGUCUCGUGGCCUCCGUUCUCGGUCGAAUUUCAUGAUCAGCCACAAGCCGCCGGACGGCGCGCCAAUGACUGUUCUCACCGACGAAACCCACUCCGAGCAACAAUUGCUGUUGGGCAGACCACCGCCGCAAUUCUGCACAUCACGGACCACUGUGCACCUGGAUGUUAAGGAGCUGGAUAACAAACUCCGCGCCUUCAUGUGA